AUGUUUCCCACUUCAAAUCUGCAAUCGUCUAAACCGAAAAUCUUCCCAAAUCCGAUUCUCCAUCACAGAUUCGUCGUUACAAAAUUACCACUUCGCCGCCGGUACACUCUCCGGCGAGCUUCUCCACCUCUGCGAUUCGCUAAGGUUUCGGAAUCAAUCGAGUCUUCUUCCGAAUUGAUUUCUUCAGUGAGACAGCCUCCUCUCCAAUGUACACUCACGCAGAAACACUUCUUCAUGCUCAAUCUCGUCGCUUGCGUAACAGCUGUUUCAGCAUCAUGGCUGUUCUUGUCUGCAAUCCCGACACUCUUGGCUUUGAAGAAAGCAGCUGAGUCUCUUGAAAAGCUAUUGGAUGUAACCAGAGAAGAGUUACCUGAUACUAUGGCUGCUGUUCGCUUAUCUGGGAUGGAGAUUAGUGACUUGACCAUGGAGCUUAGUGAUUUAGGGCAAGGUAUCACUCAAGGUGUUAAAAGCUCAACAGGGGCUAUUCGUGUUACUGAAGAUAAACUAAGGAGGUUAAUAAACAUGAAUCCAGCUUCUAUGCAGGAGGUGAUGCAUCAAACCGAGACUAAGGGAACAGAACCAGUGGUAGCUAAAAAAGCGAGGAAUUUGAAGGAAGGGAUUGUUAAGGGACGUUCUUUAUUGCAACUUUUCUUCACAAUCACUAGGUUUUCCAGAAUCGCAUCAAGUUAUUUUGCAAAGCGAGCUAAGGAGUAGAAGGUUGAAGUUUGAACAAUCACAUCUCAUUUCAUUUUAUACAUUAAGAAUAGGCUUAGUCUGAUUGAUAUGAAACUAUGGAGAUCUUGAUGCUUGAGACGCAAAGCAGGAGUUGCUC